AUACAAAUGCUGAAGUCCUGGCAGAAGAUAGGCAAAGGAAAUGUCUCUUUCAAGACUGGAUGGUGAAACAUUGAUCAUUGAAGAUGUUCAAACUUCAAGUUCUUCCUGUCGACAAGAAAUAAAUACCACAACAUAUGAUGAUUACAUUUUGAUCAGUCAAACCAGGGAAAAACAGAAUCAAGAACAUUUUGCUUUGACAUUUCCCCAAACAUCUAUGCCAGAUAUAAAGAAGAGAUCAGCAUCUUCAGAAUUAGAAGUUGCAGUUCCUAUACAAGUGAAAAGGAAAAUUGAGGAAGAUCAGAAACCAACUCAUGUAUGGAUAAACCAAUUUUUAAGAGACAUUUUCUUAAAGUCAUCCUUUUCUCUAGCUUUUACUACACAAGCUCCAUUCAAAUAUCUUUAUAAUCCUCAAAACCAUUAUAUAAUGGCAGAAACUAGAAAGCCCAAAGAUGAUAAAAGAAGAAAAACUUUGAAGAAAAAAUUCAGGGAAAAAACGAGCUCAUGCAUAGUAAAUCUGGAGCCCAUGAGAACAAUAACCAGUGGGGAACCUGAAAUACUAGGCAAUACAGAAAAAAAUACAUCAAAAUCAUCACAUAACAUUAGAUUGCCUAAGAAGUCAAAUUCUACAUCAGAAACAAAUCUAGAAUGCAACAAUUCAAAGAAAACCUUGGAAAUGAGUUGGAGAAAUGGCAACAAAAAUUCAAUGAAUUUUGGUAUGAAGGAGAAUGCAGCCACAUGUCGCAAGGAUAAUCCCAAGGACUCUAAGAAGGGUGUUGAGGACAUUUCUGAUGAGAUAUCAGAGUGUAUACACAGCUCAAAUAUGGAUUUAAUGUUCCGUCUAAAUGAGUUCAGAGCUGAAUUCACAGAUUUUGAUGAAUGGUCAACAAAUUGCUCACAGAACAAUGCAAAGAAGCCUUUAAAGAAGGGAGGAAAGAAGGAAAGGGACUCAGAUAUUGAUUCUGGAGACUCAAAAAAUGCAAAGAAAGAGGGAAAGAAAAAAGACAAGAAAGAAUCCAGGAAAAAGAGGGAUACAGAAUCUAGUGAUGCUGAAUCCGGUAACUCCAAGGAUGGAAAGAAAAUAACAAAAAAAGAUAAAAAAAAUGAAAUUAAGAAAAAGAAGGAUACAGACUCUACUGGUAGUGGAUCUGGGGCGUCCAAGGUUUCAAAGAAAGGUAAGACAGAAAAGAAGAGUACAAGCAAAAAGAGUACAGGAUCUUCUGGUAGUGAAUCUGUAGAUUCAAAGGGUGCAAAGAAAGUAAAGAAACAAGAAAAGAAAGAUGUCGUGAAGAAAGCAGUCUCUACUGAUUCUGAAUCAGAUGCAUCAUCAAAGAAGGGAAAGAAAGAUGAAAAGAAGGAAAAUAAAGGGAGAAAGAGGAAGCCUAUUAAAGAUACAGAGUCUACUGAUGCUGAUUCUGAAUCUGAAGGUGACUCAACAGGUAAAAAGAAUGAAAAGAAGAAUAAGAAAAUUACAAAGAAAGCAGAAAAGAAGGAUACAAAAAAGAAAACAGCAUCUUCUGAAAGUGAGUCUGAUUUGGGACUAAAGGAAAAGAAAACUAAAAUAAAGGAUGUAGUGAGUUUCAGUGAUUCAACAUCUGAUACAUCUUCCAAGACAGGCAGAAGAAAAAGUUUAAGGCUCUCAGAUUCUGAAUCUGAAGAUUCAUCAGGGUUCAGAGUUUUAAAUUCAACUGAUGAUUCAGAGGCCUCAUCCACAGACUCAAAGAUGAGAAUUCCAGGAAUGAGGAAAGGGUUCAGAUCAUUAUCCAAAAAGACUACUUUCAAUGAAAAGGGGAAAAGAAGUGUGACUGGUAGAAUCCCUUCAUCACGAGAAAGACUACCUUUCCCUCCUUGUGAGCCUUUUAGAGCAUCAGCUAAGCCCAUACGUGUCUGUCAGUGCAAGAAAACUACAUCUCCAAAAGCAAGAUAUGCUCCUUUGCCUGGAGUGGAGUGGAUUCAUAAACUUCUCUGA